AUGAUCCUGGUCGGCUUUGGAAUGGCCUUUGUCGGCUCGCAGAUCCAACCGCUCCUCUUCGCCGCCAUCAUCCCCCGGGUCUCCGCAGACUUUGGUGCCUCAGACCUGCUGGUCUGGUUCUUCUGUACCCAGCAAAUCGCCAGCGGCGUCAUUGCACCCUUUGCAGGGUCACUGGCAGACUUGUUCGGGCGAAAGACGAUAACAAUAGCGGGUGUUCUGUCCGCAAUGGUCGGCAUGAUCCUGGCUGCUGCGACGCCUAAUGCAGCUGGAUAUCUCGCCGGACAGGCCUUUACAGGAAUCGGCAUCGCAGUGCAGGAACUCAUGGCCAUUGCAGCGAUUGUUGAAAUCGUCCCAACCAUGCACAGGGGAUACUACAUUGCCAUCAUCGUGACGAGCUUCCUCCCCUUCGCCCCGGGGUCGCUCUACGGAGCCCUAAUCGCCCAGUCCAGCUGGCGAUACUGCGCUUGUUUCAUUGCGAUCUGGAACUUCAUCACGGCCGUUAUCAUCGGCAUCUUCUACAACCCGCCCCCGAUGGCAUUAAAGAAUGUAUCAGGCCUGACGUGGAAACAAAAGGUCAAACGAAUCGACUUUUUGGGUGGACUCAUCAUGACCUGCGGUCUUAUCCUGCUUCUCAUGGGUAUCAACUGGGGCGGGCAGCAGUACCCUUGGAGCUCUGGCCGGGUCAUUUCAUUCCUAACCCUUGGAAUCGCACUCCUCCUUGCCUUUCUGGCAUAUGAGAAGUUCUUUGCCCCGUAUCCGAUGUUCCCUGGUUCUCUGCUGCAGCGCCCGCGCACGUUCACGGCGUUGAUGGUCGUCAUCCUCCUCGCGGGAAUCAACUACGUGUCUAUCCUGAUCUUCUGGGUCUUGGAAGCCGUCAGCAUCUACAACUCAGACCAGACAGAGCUCGGUAUCAGGACUCUCCCCUACGGCUUCUGCAUCGCCGGCGGCGCCAUAAUCUCAGCCAUCAUGGUCUCCCAGCUCAAAGGCCACGUCCGCACAAUAAUGACCUUCUUCUGCAUUAUACAAGUUGUUGGAAUCGGCAGCAUGGCCGCCAUAAACCCGCACAACAUCUCCACAGCCUGGGCGCCGCUAAUCUUCGGCCUGUUGGGAAUCGGCGGCGUGCUCAUCCCAAACCAAAUCAUCAUCACAGUCAUCUGCCCAGAUUCCCUCAUCGCAACGGCAACCUGUCUCACAGCCUGUCUCCGCGCCGUAGGCCAAGUCAUCGGCACAAGCAUCUUCUACACCCAGUUCACCUCCGCCCUAACGGCGAAUACAUACAACACCGUUGUCCCCGCCGCCUUACAGGUCGGGUUAUACGAUUUCGAGACGCUAGGGGCGAUGAUGCCUGCGCUUGUAGCGACGCCGUGGAAGGAGUGGAUUGUCAGUUCUGGGGUUGGUGGGAUGCUUAGUGCCCCUGAGCUGGGGGUGCUGCAUGGCGCGGUGGUGGAGGCCUUUGCGGGGGCGUUUGACAAGGUGUGGUAUAUUUCGAUUGCAUUUGGGGUUUCGGCUGUAAUUGCGAGUUGCUGCAUUGAGGAUUUGUCAGCGUUGAUGGAUGGGCAUGUUGCUGUUCAUUAUUUUUAG